UUCUUUCUUUCUUUCUUUCCUCUCUUCCUUUCCCUCACACACACAUCACCUAGCAGCAGCCAAUCCGCUUCACUCCCUUUCCCGUCCAGUCUUGUAACAAAAGGCCACUUCAUCUAGCAACAGGCAAUUCACGUUGUUCCUUUUCCUUUGCUCUGGACCUGAAAGAAGUGGGUUUUUUUUAGUUCAAACCCUUCAAUUAUUUUAAAUUGGAUAAUGAAGGGUCUGUGUGCCACGUUUUGUCCAGAUCUGUCGAUCCACAGAAGAGCCUUUGUGGUACAAACAAAUAUACAAACAUACAUUCAUUCACUCUCUCUGUGUGUGUGUGUGUGUGUGUGUGUGUAUGAGCCUCCGAUUGCACAGUGGGUUAAACCGCUGAGCUUGCUGGCUGAAAGGUCAGCAGUUUGAAUCCAGGAGCGGGGUGAGCUCCCGCUGUUAGCCCCAGCUUCUGCCAACCUAGCAGUUCAAAAACAUGCAAAUGUGAGUAGAUCAAUAGGUACCGCUCCGGCAGGAAGGUAAUGGCACUCCAUGCAGUCAUGCUGGCCAUAUGACCUUGAAGGUGUCUAUGGACAAUGCUGGCUCUUUACCUUAGAAAUGGAGAUGAGCACCAAACCCCAGAGUCGGACAUAACUGGACUUAAUGUCAGGGGAAAACCUUUACCGUAAUCUAUCUAUCUGUCUGUCUGUCUGUCUAUCUAUCUACACACACACACACACACACACAAGAUUAUUGAAGGCCCCUUCUACACUGCCAUAUAUACAGUAAUCUAGAUUAUUUGCCUUGAACUGGAUUAUAUGGCAGUGUAGAGUCAUAUAAUCCAGUUCUGCAUUACAUGGCAGUCUAGAAGGGACCGAAGAUCGAAGAAACAUAGUACGAUAAAUGGGAUGUUGAAGCAUUCCAGUUUCUGUGUAAGGAGAUUUCAAUGCUGACUAUAUAGCCUCUGGAGACAGACGCUUUCCCUACAAAUACACCGAACCUUUGGGGUCAGUUUCUGGGGUUGGGCCAGGAUUACGUGGGAGAGACACAGAGAGCAACAGCUUAAUGAGACAACCCAAGAUUAAUAUCAAAACCACAAACACGCAUUAUGUAACAAUACAUUAAUAAUGUAAACCUCUUACAUCAUUAAUUCCUGCUUAGAUGCCAUAAACCUACCAACGCGGCGACACAAUGCAAUUAAAAGGAAUGCACCGGCAGCAUUGGGGGGGUCAGAAUAACCUGAUUUGUCGAGGCAAAUUCAAUGUUUGCUUUCAAGGAGGGGUGUGUGGGUGCAUCUACACCAGACAUGGGCCAACUUGGGCCCUUCAGGUGUUUUGGACUUCAACUCCCACCAUUCCUCACAGCCUCAGGCCCUUUCCUUUUACCCCUCGGCCACUUAAGCUACACUCAAUGGAUUCCUUUGCUGCCCUACUUCAUUGUUCAUUGGCUACAAGGUUGUGAUGUCACACUCUUGACACUCCUUUGGGAUUCCAAGGAUCCAAACAGGUAAUUCCUUUUCCCUUGAUGUUGUCCUGCUUGCCACCCUGAUCCCAGCGACACCGGUCAAGAUUGGUGGCCUGUCCAGGCUGCAGAUGAUGGCAGUCUCCUUGUGGCACUCUGCCCCAUUUUGUCACCAAGACUCUGCUUUGGGCAGGACGUCUGGGAUCAGCUAUGGCAACGACAGAUGUACCCACAUUGCAGUGGGACUUAGAACAUGAAAUCCAGAGCAUUAAACCCUAUCAGUAUCCUUGUUCCAAACCAAAAACUGUGUGAUGAACGGGUGGCUAAGGACUAUAACAAAAAAAUGGGUUCCCAAGGGCUUGAAUUAACAAGUGUUCACUAAUGGAAUAAUAACAAUGAAUUAAAUAUCAUUAAACAUUGUAUUAUAUACAAUAAAUGAAUAUACAUUUCGGAUGAAUUGUUACAAAUGACAAUCAAACUGUUACAUUCACAGUAUGAUGAAUGGAAGUUACAUUCACAAUGGAAUAAAUUUUCUUAUUUUCUUGUUUCUUCAUAAAAGAAGAGUAGACCCCUGAUCCACAAAAGGUUUUGACUACCUAUAGUCUUCGUCUGGUGGUAGGGUCUGCAAGUAUUGGGUUGCAGACCUCUCAAUUUGCUUGAAAGACAGAUACUUGAGGGUGUGAUGGCAAACGUCUCCAUUGCAUUUUAUAAUGACAAAUGGGGCUGGUGAUUGUUGUUAAAAUAGUGGGAGUAACACGUUUGAUGAGGGCCCGUCUAGGGAGGAAGUGCUACAAAUGGCAAAAAACCAUGAGAUUUUCAGGUCCAGGAAUAUCCUGGUUCUGAGCCGAAAAUCCGCAUCUUCAAAUGUCUGUAUGUCCCUGCAAUCAGAAAACACAGGAUUUUUUUUAAAUCUGGGUUUGUUCCCAGCUUUUAGAUGUUUGUUCCUGAUUAGUCGGUUCCUAAAAAGAAGGUGACAGUUAAAUAGAAGGCAAAAACUUUGUUCUGGCAAGAAGAACUUCAUCCUUCACCUGUUUAAUGAAGUUUGUGGUAGAAAAGCAAAGUUUCUGGGCUGAAACAAAUACUUUCACAGUAGGUAGUACACAAUGAAACAGGAACAGGAACUUUAAACUCAGGAACAGCAAUCUGUUGUCCCAUGCCUCAAGUACACAACCAAAUCUGUCUGGACAGAUGGCCAGGCAGGCAGGCUCUAAAAAGUGUCAAUAAUGAUAAAGUUCUGUUCCUGGCUUGAAAGUGUGUGACUGCGUAGUGCUGACUUGGACAGUUCCUGGAUUAAAUCUUUAACCACUAUUACUUAUUUUUUUAAAGUAUAGAUGUGUAAGUCAUCUUUUAGGUAGUAGGGCUCUUUCUGUUUGAGGAUCUGAGAGAUUCUGUUAGUCAAAGUAAAUAGUUUUGUGUUAGAUCAGUGGUUUCCCAACCUUUGGGCCUUCAGGUGUUUUGGACUUCAACUCCCAGAAAUCCCAGCCAACUUACCAGCUGUUAGGAACUGUGGGAGCUAAAGUCCAAAACACCUGGAGGCCCAAAGGUUGGGAACCACUAUCAGAUGUUUUGGAGCAGAAUUCUCAUAAACCUUGACCAUUGGCCAUGUUGGAGGUCAUUUUAUAUGAAAGUGGAUUCAUAGAUUCAUAGAAUAAUCUAAUUGAAAGAGACCACAUGGGCCAUCGAGUCCAGCCUCCUGCCAUGCAGGAGAAGCACAAAGGACCCCUGACAGAUGACCAUAGUUUAUGCAGCUUACUAAUUAUGGCCAUAGUUAAGGCACUAUGAAAUACUUCAAUUGAACUAAGCAUUUCAUAUUUAGUGUAUUUAUAAAUUAUUCUAAUGGCUUUGAUUAUAACUUCCAUGAGGUUGAAAAUGAUCAGUAUCCACCAUAACCCCUACAAUGAAUCUGAACUGCUAAAUUGUCAGUCAUGGUUUUAAUCCCACUCCACUGCCUUCUAGUUCUCUUUUUUAAAAUAUAUAUAUAUUUUUACUGAUAUUAUCUUAUAUUUCAUGUUGUGACUAUAUUGCACAUUUAAUACAAACGUUCAUACCUACACAUCAUUUAUCUAUUAUCACAUUUCUCCAUCCUCUUCUAUAUUGUCUACUCACAUAUCUAAUAUAUCUUCAUUCUAUUCAUUCUUUUUUUCCCCUUCCCUCCCCUUCCCCCCUCACCUCCCCCCACCCCUACCCUAUACCACAAUUCCAUUAGAAAUUUAACUCCAUCCAUGAGCACAACUUUUCCCAUUUCUGGCUUCGCCUCUUUUUAUCCAAUCUGAAUAUAUUGUCCAUUUCUCUUUAAUUUUCCUCAUUUUAUCUUCAUUCUUAUCCUCAGAGGUUACAUUUGCAAUAAUUUCUGAUUGGACCUGGUCAAACAAAUAAUUAUUCCAAUUCACCAUAUUCCACUUUUUUCGUCUCUCCAGCCCCAAGCUAUUACUGCCUUCCCUGCAAGAAUCAUAGCUUUGAAUAGAUCUUGAUAUUUUACAUUAAUCUUAUUGUUCCCUAAUAUCCCCAUCAACAUUAAUUCCAUGUUUACUUGGAGUGAAAUUCUAAAUAAUUCCUCUAUUUUCUCCAUUAUUUUUUCCCAAAAUGUUUUUACCUUUGGACAUUCCCACCACAUGUGGGCGUACCAUCUCUUGCCUACUCCACAAUGCCAACAUGUUGAAUUUUUAUCCCUGAUCAUUUCAGAUUUCAGAGAAAGGGCUGGUGGGAGUAAUAUACAAAGGGAUGAUCAAAGAUGAGGAAUAUAUCAUAAGAACAUUACAAGACCAAUGACAAAAAGAGGGAGUACUUACAAGACAAAUAAUAGAGAACUUAAAAAGAGAGGCCACAAAAAUUAAAAUCGAGAAGUACAAAGAAAUGGAAAGGAAAUUCAUAUGGAAAUGGUACCAUACCCCAGCACAAUUGCCUUCUAGUUCUCCACCUCCUGGUUCUCCUCUCUCCUUCCUGCCUUAAACAUAUUAAAUCAUGUCUUCCACUCCAGGUCAAUAUUAUUGGCGUAGACUGUACUGCGAUAUCCCACCAUGGUCCUGAGCCAGUCUUCUGUGUCCACUAAACUUCCCGACAUUCGGGACAGUAUGGCCUUGGUGAAAGCCCCAGUUCGCAUUGUUCCUCUAUGGCGGGACCUCAAAUGCCAACUUAUGGAAACCCUGGAGCUACAAAAGAGUAUGCCAGAAACAACUGAAGGAAGCCCCAUCUUGCUGAGCGACAGACCCAGCAUUAUAUUCAGGGAGAGUUGCCACCCCGAUUCCAUGCCGCUCGUCUUCUUCAUUCGGUCAAGUGACGUAGAAAGCUACCUUGCAUCAUUUACCUGGAAGAGAGGGAAGGGAAGCAAGGUGCGUGCCUGGAUAUACAGCUCAGAGGAUGAGACCACAGUGACAGAGAAAGAGUAUUCCAUCACCAGAAACCCCAGGGUCCUCAUGAUUGUCCAUGUCAGCCACCUACAUCUGCUGGUCGCCUUUUGCGAUGACAUCCACUUGCGUUUCUUUGGAGACUACACUCAGGGAUUUCAGCUGCUCUCUGAGAUGAGCUCGCCUUAUCAGAUCACCAGCUUGUGCUCCAACUCAGAGACCGGAGAAUUGGUGACAGGGGCCAUUGGCAUUGUGACUUUCUGGUCUUUUGUCAUAGAGGAAGUUCCUUCCAUCAAUAUUGUGCAGGAGGUGUUCAUUGCGAGUGGCGAGUUUGUACACUUCCUCAGAGUGGAGCCAGAGUGGGGAGCGCUGGUCGCCUUGUGUGAGAACAAUAUCCGUGUGUACAACUACAAAACCAAGGUCCAGAUUUACAAUUUCCAGGUCAGCCAAGGUGUCUCUCUGACGUGCUGCACUUCUAAUUAUGCCCAGGGCUUCCUCUACACUGGAGACCUGGCCGGAGACGUCACAGUGUGGGACUUUGUCAAAGGGAACCUGGUCAGCCAAUUCAAGGCUCACUUGAGCGCCAUUACCAGCAUAAUCAGCCGGAUGUCAGUCCAUACCCUCAUGACCGCAUCACUGGACGGUCUCCUAAAGGAGUGGAACCUGACCACCUGUGAACAGCUCCGGCGUGUAGACACUGGGGAAGAAGUCUUCCAGAUGCAGUUCAUCAAUGAGCAGACUUUCUUCCUCCGUACUAAGUACACCUUUUCCAUCCGCACUGUCAACAACUUCUACCAACUCUUUAACAAGUCAAAAUCUAUCCUCAAGAAGCUGGUACGGGUGCAGUGUGGAUCAGACAAGGCACGCAUUCUGGCAGCAACGGAAGAUGGGGUUGUCCGAUUCCUUUCGCCUGUUACAGGAGAGAUGCUGUUCGUCACCUGGCCCUUCCAAUUACUAGAAAAGGCACUGGACUAUGUAUAUGACCCUGACGAAGAGGAGCUGUUAGUGACAUUGGGCACAAGUGAUAUCUAUGUCAUGGAUACCACCAAGAAUCCUUGCCCAGUCAAGUAUAUUGUGCGCACCGCCGACUCCAUAGAUGACAAGGUGCUGUGUUUAGCCUACAGCCGCCUGGACCUGAAUGGCCGUACUUCUAGCUUCAUCUUUAGUGGGUUCAAGAGUGGAAAAGUGCGCACUGUCACCCAGAAUUUGUAUCGGAUGGGUGCUCGCAGAAUUCAUAAUGGCAAUGUGCUGGCCCUCAGCAGCCUUUCGGCCUCAGGGAACCUAUCGUACCAUUCGCGGGAGUCCUCCUACCUGUGCUCCUAUGGCCUUGAUGAUUACAUUAUUCUUUCCGAUGUGAUUUUAAAGAAGAACAACAUUCUGGAGGUGGUUCCUAUGGUUGCUAUCUCGAGUGUCAACUGCAGGAUCAACAACCUCCUACUCAUUCCUGGCUACAUCUGUGUCCUCACAGACCAAAACCGUGUUCGGUUGUGGCGCCAGGCAGCUCUAGUCCAUGGCAAAAAGAAUCCUUUCUGGAAAGAGACUGAUGCCAUGCAUUCCACCAGCAUCACUUCCUUUGACUACUGCCACACACUCAGCCUCCUAGUGACAGGAGGUUCUGACGGAUCUGUUCGCAUUUGGGACAUCCUCGGGCAGAUGUUAGUGGAGUUUGACACGACCCUCAAAUUCAGCCGUGUCUGCUUUGCCAACCAGCGGGGAGACUUGAUUGUGGGCUUCAACAUGAACAUCUACUUCAUCCCAUGUAUCUCGUACCUCCCCAGCAAGCACCUCGGCAUGUUGGCAACCCGGAGCGUGAGAGAUGACGCGGUUGAAUGCCCACUUCCAUUCAUGACACGUUUCUUGCUAUCGUUCGAUGUUGUUUUUGUGCCCAAGUAUCGUCAGGUGGGCAAGCAGGCAAAGAAGUUCGAAUGUCUGGAGCCCAUAACCAAUCACAAGGAGGUGGUGAUGGAAAAAGAUGUCGCCAAAGUGGUGCCAUUCAUUGGCAAGGAAGUGAGCAGUCUUCCCGGACCGGAUUUCUAUGGGCUUACACCGGACAUCAAGGAGACGUGCCCGGAGUUUGCUGUGGAGUACCAACUCCUUUCGCGGCCCGUUUUGGGGAAGAGGCACGCUCCGGCUGAGCCUCCACUGCCCCCCCCGCCUUACCGUGGGCUCCCACCACUGUCUAAAAUUGUCCCCCUACACCGUAGGAUACCUUUCCAGCCUGGACGCUCUUGGCCCAUUGCGCCUGAUGGCUUUGUCCCUAAUUCAGUGAUCCGAGCCAACUUGUUUCCAACAGGGACCCCCACAAGCCUUGAGUGUCCCUUGAUACCCAGCAGGGAUCCCUUGCCAAUGCGGAAGUUGGUCAAGAUACAGUUGCAAGACUGGGAUAAGUCAGAGGUUGUUGAGAAAGCCCGGAAGAAAAAGGCAGACAAGUUAAAGCGACCUGCUGUUGAGGGACGCCGCCGGGAUCUACUGUCUGAAAUUGUGACCAAGCCAUGGUUGAGGCACAAGCCUAGUGAUGCAACGCUCCCCUCUGUCUUUAAAGCCAUUAUAAACAUAAUGGACAAUGUGCCCUAUUCAACCUACUUGCUCUGUACAUCUGCCCUGGUCCAGCUUUCUGAGUCUUAUGAGCUGCCAACGCCUGUCCAGGAACAGGCCUUUGAUCGUCUCAUCCAGGACACGAACCACAAAGAGGUAAGGAUGAGGCUGGCGGCUUGGGAGGCAUUGGGGAAGAUGGACCUGCUGACUGACCAGGAGGUGGUCCCACUCGCUCGAGCCCUUUUGGAUGAAAACAAAAAAGUGCGUGAUUUAGCUCGCUCUCUGCUUGACUCUGUGGCUGGCAUUACGGACAAAUUUGUCCUGAAGAAGGAGAUGAAGCGGAUGGCAGGCACCAGCCUGGAUGACCUGGCUGAAUUGAACCGUUCUCAAGUAGAACUAGCUUUCCCUCGCAGGAUGCGUGCUGUCGGCAUCAUUGCAGAAACCCAAGAUGAAGCUUUCCAAGCCUUGACAGAAGAGUCUGAGAGACUACUAAACCGGGUGGAGAAUCAGCUAACGGCCAAUCUGUUCCUGAUGACUGAGAGUCCCUCAAUUGAAGCCCAACGCUACAGCCGCCCACCCCGUUUCCGGCGUACAGCCUUGUCUCAAGAAGCGCAGGAAGAGAUCGCCAAGCCAGACUCCCACUUGGAGGCCCGGGCCCGAUGGCUGGGUCUCUUUGCCAGGACUGACAAGCUGAAGUCUCAAGCCGCAGCAGCAAAACAGCUUAAAGGUGAGAAGCUUCGUAAAAUCAAGUCAGCACGCGGUAAGCACAUUGGUCUAUUGCAUAGGAUGGCUCCACCAGACAGCAGUCCUAUGUCCAGCAGCUCCAGCCCCAGCGCCAGCCUUACUUCCACUGCCAGCAGCAGCACUAGCAUCCACAGCAGUGCCGGCAGCGGCGUCAGCAGCCCCAGUGGCAGUAUUCGCAUCCAUGUCAGCAGCUCCACGUGGCAGGUGACACAGCGUGCCAAGAAGAAGGUCAAGGUCAAGGUCAAGGACAAACCAGAAGAGAUCAGAGUCCCUCCUGCCCUUUCCCAGGCGACCCGAAAGCUGCCCAAGGUGCACAAGCGAGUGCAGCCUAUCCUGUUGCAGCGGCGUGACACCCGCACACAACUCUACACUGAGAUGCUGAAGCACCAGAAAGUCAAGAAAGAGCCAGUGGUUGCCGCUACAGCCGGGGAAUCAAGGCAUGAGAUUGCCCCUGUCCCGGUGAAGUCCUGCCCAUCAGUGGUAACAGCACCAGCACCAGCACCAGCACCAGCACCAGCACCUACAGCUGCCAAAGGCACCUUAAUUGAUCCAAAUGAGCAGUACAAUACUGACCGAACCAAGUGGCGCAACGACCUCUAUAAGCUGAUGACGCUUCGCAUUGGCAGCUUCACUGAGGGCCGCACAGCAGCCGAGGACUUCCUGGCAUCCGCUCGUGCAGCCCUGAGUGGCCGUCCCAUGUCCUGGGAGGCCUUCACAAACAUCAGCCAGUCCUUCCUCUCCUCUCAGGAGAAAAUCACAUCACAGCCCUCCGGCUGGAAAAAGUACAUGAGCGAACUCUUCAGGGCCUCUUCCAAGGAAUCCAAACCAUCAAUGGAAAGCAUAGAAACGGUGCUGGAUGUAAAAAAGGGGAGAGACAUAUUUAGAGCUUCAGGGAGUGACAUGGAGAGUCUGGAGCUCAGCCAGGAGGAUUCGGAUUUGGAGAGAAGAAAGGAAAGAAUGAGAAGAACGGAGGAGAAGAAGAAGCUUGACUCUGCAGCAGCGGUGAAGAAAGACUUGGCCAUGGCCUCCAAAAUGCAAGGAGCGAAGAAGAAGAUGGAAAGGGAAGAGAAAAUGGCUAGAAGGCUAGCCAAAGAGGGAAAGUUAGCUAAAUUGAAAGACCAUGACGUGUCUUCCCUAGACAGGGAGCAGGAAUUGUUGGCCAAAGAAAAAGAACAUGAGCUGGCUGAAGAAAAAGAAUAUGCGUUAGUCAGGGGGAAAGAACAUGAGAUGGCUAAGGGUAAAGAACAAGAAGCAGUCAGAGGAAAAGAGCAUGAGGCAGCCAGGACCAAAACGCUUGAGGCAGCUAGGGGGAAAGAGCACGAGGCAGCCAAGGGAAAAGAGCAGGAGGCAGCCAGGAGAGAAGAGCGUGAGGCAGCCAGGGAAGAAGAGCAUGAGGUGGCCAGGGCAAAAGACCGAGGGGCAGCGAGGGCGAAAGACCAAGAGGCAGCACAUAGGAGAAGGGAACAAGAGAGCAUAGCUGAAAGGAAAGAAAAAGAGGAGGUCAAGAAGAAGUUGGAGAAGUUGGCUGCCGAGAAAAGAGAGGCUUUGCAGGAGGAGAAAGAGAAAUUCCUUAAGGAGGUAGAUGCAAAGAUCGAGUCCAUGCUCAAGAAUAUCAGGACAAAGCAUGGGGAUGAGUCCCUGCUUACAGAUUCAGAAAGGACCCUGGUUAAGGUGACAGAAAGUACUUUAGCUGAAUUCCGGGCAGAAGCCAAAGAGAGAAUGCUAGCAGAACUGAAGGAGCGAGCUCUGAUUGAAGCUCAGAAGAUAGCACUGGAAGAAGUGAAAGAGAGAGCGUUGGCGGAAGCAAGAGAGAUGGCUUUGGAGGAAGCAAGGAACUGGGCCUUGCUCAAAGCAAGGAAGGUGUCCUUGAUUGAAGCCUGGGAGAAGGUUCUGAUUGAGGCACGAGAGAAGGCCAUGGAAGAAGUGAAGGAACAGGCGUUGGCUGAAGCCCGAGAGAGGAUACUGGCCGAAGCCCGAGAGAUGGCACUGGCCGAGGAGGAGGAGGAGAAGGAGAAGGAGGAAACAGAAGCCAUCAUAGAAGAAAAGAUCCAAGCACUGGCUGAAGUCCGAACCAGAGAACUGGCUGAAGAAAAAGCCAUGGAAAUGGUGUUGAUGGAAUCACUAGAGGCGGAUGAGGCAAGGGUUUUAGAAUUGCUUGGGGACUUCCCAGUAGAAGUAGAUGAGGCAAGGGUCUUUGAGCUAGCAGUGGCAAGAGCAAAGGAGCUGGCGGAUGCAAGAGCAAUGGAACUGGUAGAGGAAAAAAUGAUGGAGCUUUCGGAUUCAGUCAUAAUGGACCUGGUUGAGGAAAGAAUACUAGAGCUGAUUGAGACACAAAUGAAAGAACUGGAGACGGAGGAAGAAGAAAUGGCUGCUAGACAGAGAUUAAUUGCUGACAGCAAGGAGUUAAUUUCAUCCAGAAAGAAAUUAAUAUCUGCAAAAGAAAAAGAAUUAGAAGAAGAGGCAGAGGCAGACAUGUGGGAGGACUUAGAAGAGGAGAGACUCUGGUCUCUUUCUGAGCGUGCAACAGAGGCUUUAAUUUCCAUGGCCCAGAAAGAACCUAUGCCAGAAGCUCAGCUUGAAUUUUCAGAACGUGCUCAGUUGAUCCUGGAUCUCUUGACUCGACCAGAGAAGUUGGAGCGUAAAGAUUCUGAAGACUUCCAACGCCUUUGUCAAGUGGUGUCAUUGCUUGACAUUUCUUCUGCAACAAAUAUUGAAGGACUGACAGAGACUCUGCUCCAGAAAGCUGGAGAAACUAUCAAGGAAGGCGAGGAGCAGCAGGCUCUUUUGCCUGAAGAAGACGUCUCUGUUUUGAGGGUGCUCAAAGAUACAUUCAGAGCACGUCAGUCCUGGACCUUAGACCCGCAACAGUUUUCCAGGAAGCUGAGUGGCCUUCUGAAAGCUGCCGAGGCUGUAGUGCAGGCCAGGAAGAUGAAGGAGAAACUGGAGAAGGAAUUCUGGAAAAAGUGCUUGGAGGAUAGAGCUAAGAAGAGACUGGAGGCUGGUGAAAUGAAGACCAGGGGAAAGAAGGCCUGGCUGGGCAGGAAACUGAAAGAUACCCUUAGAAAGUGGAGAGUGGAACAAGAAAGGGCUCAGUGGGAAAAAAGGGAGCAUGAGCGUCUGCAGAAACGCCUCAAGAUCAGAUCACAGCCCAUCCUGCUCGAUGCGCCUGAAAAGGAUAAAGACGAGGAGAGUGUGACAGAGGAGGCGAAAGCAGCGGAGGAGGAGGAGGGAGAGAAGAAGCGGAAGGAGGAAGAACGGACCACUCACCGUAAGCCCGUCCAGCUGACUUGGUCACUGACUGCUCAGCGCGAGAGGGCCUGGAAGGUGAUUGUGCAGAUGGAGAAGCAGCUGCCUCUUUCAACUGAGGAACAGAUCAGGCGCCACAAACCCAAAGGUCACCGGCUUCCCAAAGAGUCUCUGUACUUGCCUACCAAGCCAGUACUCAAGGUUCAUAGGGCCCGGCGUGGUGCCCAGCAGCACAUUUUCCGUCUUGAUCAUGAGAAAGGUGUGGAUUGGGACAGUUUUAUGAACCUCUACCAGUCAUUAAUGUCCUUGAAGCAAGAAGAAGGCGGCAUGGACUCAGCAGCUUGGCAUGAGCAGUCUGCCCAGUUGCUGGAUCUCUAUGGCACAAGCAACCUGCUUGUCCGGAAUAUGUUGCAGGAGCUCUUGUUGGGUGACCGUCGCGAUCGCAAAUAUGUCAUGGGCAGCACCCUUAAGAUGAGAAAGGCAGAAGCAGAUUUGGGCCAACGGAUCCUUUAUGAAUUGAUUCAUCACUCAGCCCGACUUCGUCCCAGGCCUCCCACCAUACAUGGAAUCAUUCCACUCAACUACCAGAACAACGUCCAUCCCUUCAAGAUGCGGGGGACAACCCGCUAUGGCACCCUGGCCUUCAAGUGGAAGACCUACAUGUCCAAGGGGAAGAUGCCCAGGCUGCGCUUGUUCGUGCACUCUUCUGUUUGAAAGAUCUCUAAUUCCAAAAAUCCUGUAUAAACAUACAUGCAGACACCACUACACAUAUAUGUAUAUAUUGCUUUAUACUGAUUUUUUGUACUAAACAUCCUGGCUUUCAAUAUACCACACAGACAUUUGUGAGACCCUUUCAGGGUAGUGAACACUUCCUAGAAUUUCCUGUUGAAUAAAG